CACACAGCCUGAUAGACGGCCGUUCUGUUUCUUCUCCCCCACAUCUCUCUCUUCCUUUUUCUUUCUAAACUUAUCAUUCUCAUCAUCUCAUCUCUGCUUUUUGUUUCUCUUGUAUCAUCAACCAAACCUUACGUUACACACACAAAAGAUAAAAAAAAAAAAAAAAACCAUCUUCUCACCCACCGAUUUCUUCCAAAAUUAAUUCUUGUUUCUUCAAUCUUUUUCUUUUGGUCUCUAGCUAUUUUGGUUCAUCUAUUGCUUUCCUCAGAGGAAUUAAAAGUUAUUAUAUGUUCUUUGAUAUGAGUUCUGAACAACGUUGAUAGCUGGUUCUGAUAUAAAAGGUUAAAGAACUGAAAUUAACGCAAAAAAAAGGAGACACGAUGUUGGAUCUUAACCUUGACAUAAUCUCUACUGAGUCGUCUUGUGAUGAGAACAAGAUGGUGAUGAUGUCGGAUUCAGACAAGUUUCAGGAAGCUGUAAGAACACGGUUGAUGGAAGAUUCCGGAACAUCAAACUCCUCCAUCAUCAACGCCGAUGAAGUCCCGGUCAAUGCCGGAGAUGAGAACUCCUCCAACACCGCAUCCGCCCUGGUUUUCGAUAUCCUAAAGAAAGAAAAAGACCCCUCCCCCGCCACCACAACCUCGUCUAAUCCGUCACCGAACUUUUUCACGCAACAGCUCUUCCCGAUCAGCAGAGAAAGAGGUAGCAAUCUCGAGUCGAUGACGAGGCCUCAGUGGUUGAAUUUAUCAUCUUCUGACUCAAUCAGCCAGUCGGAGCUGAAAACGGGGCAGCAGAAGCAGCAGCAGCAGCAGGUGAGGAAGAGCCGGCGAGGACCACGGUCCCGGAGCUCACAGUACCGAGGCGUCACGUUUUACCGGAGAACCGGUAGAUGGGAAUCCCAUAUAUGGGAUUGUGGGAAGCAAGUUUACUUAGGAGGAUUUGACACUGCCCAUGCUGCAGCAAGAGCAUAUGAUCGGGCCGCGAUCAAGUUUAGAGGAGUUGAUGCUGAUAUUAAUUUCAGUUUAAGUGAUUAUGAAGAAGACAUGAAACAGAUGAAGCCGUUGAGCAAAGAGGAAUUUGUGCACAUCCUUCGUCGCCAAAGCAAUGGAUUUGCUCGAGGGAGCUCAAAGUACAGAGGUGUAACCUUGCAUAAAUGUGGCCGGUGGGAAGCAAGAAUGGGACAAUUCCUGGGAAAGAAGUAUGUUUAUCUUGGAUUAUUCGACAGCGAAGCAGAUGCUGCAAGGGCAUACGACAUGGCAGCCAUUAGAUUCAAUGGAAGAGAAGCUGUAACUAAUUUUGAGCUAAGUUCAUAUCAAGGAGAGAUAUCAGUGGAUCCGAGUACUAAAGGAAAUUGUCAGAAUCUUGAUCUGAGUCUUGGGAUUUCUCCGUCCCCAGCACCAGUCCUUAAUGGAAACAACAAUGCCGAAAUUUUCAAUUUUAGUUCAUCUGUUGGUGUAGCCAAUGCAUCUAAACACCCCGAAAUCCUGACUGGUGCACCUGUACCAAAUUACAAGGGAAUGGGUAGUGAUCAGCAGAGAAUUGCAGGUGUUUUUCCAGCAAAUUUCUCGAACUUGGCAUGGAAAAUGGAUGGCAAUAGGAGUAUCAACAUUGCACCAACUCCUGUGUUCCUUGCAGCAUCAUCAGGAUUCUCGUCAUCCAUUGCCACUGCUUCAUCAUCGACCAAUCUCCCACCCAACAAUAACUCCCAUUAUUUCAGCUGCAGAAACUGAAUUCUAAAAACGGUCCCACCACUCUUCAGAAUGUUAGAUGUUGAUCAAGAAGAAAACAAAAAUGUGAUUACUUAGAGUAGGUGGCGGAGUUAUUGUCACGAGCCCGACCCUUAAAAGCCUAAGUUCGAGUUAUUAAUUGACCUAUGUGUAUUAUUGAUAAUUCUCAUAUUUUUCAUAUGUUGAAUUGGGUAAAUUGUAUGUUUCUCAUAUUACUCUAUUUUUGUCUGUGCGAUAGGGACUUUAGACUGGAAUGUUAAUAACUGGAAAUGGCAGAA